AUGAGUGAUGAGAAAGGUCUAUUCUAUGCUUUAGAUCUCGGUGGUACUAAUUUCCGCGUGCUACGCGUACAGCUAGGUGGUAAAGAUCACCAUGUUGUUAGACAAGAAUUUGAUGAGGUUUCAAUUCCACCUAAUGUGAUGACUGUAUCUUUAGAGGGUUUACUUGACUUUAUAGCCGCAGCACUUGCAAAGUUUGUUUCUGAAGAAGGUGAGGGUUUUCACCCUGCACCAGGUAGGCAAAGGGAGCUGGGCUUUACCUUUUCAUUUCCUGUGAAGCAAUUAUCGAUUUCUUCUGGGACCCUUAUGGAAAGUGAUUUGGAGAAGUGUGUUUGGAAGAGUGGAAAUAGAAGGGUUUCAAGGUAA